AUGGCUAACUCGCCGGACGUGGGUCUACUUGCUGCUAGCCUCCUCCGGCUCAUCAUCGUGACCAAGUUCAUCCGUAUCGGCAUCGCAGACAAGAAUGACAACCCACCCUACUUCGACAAGGAGCUAUAUGAGGCGGAAGUGGACGAAAAUGAAGACAUUCAGCACACUGUCCUCACUGUCACCGCCAAAGAUCACGACGAAUCGUCGCGUAUACGAUACGAGAUCACGAGCGGGAACAUAGGUGGUGCGUUCGCAGUAAAGAACAUGACUGGCGCCAUCUACGUGGCGGGCGCACUCGACUAUGAAACCAGGAAACGGUACGAACUGAAGUUGGCUGCAUCGGACAACCUUAAAGAGAACUACACGACCGUAGUGAUUCACGUGAAGGACGUGAACGAUAAUCCCCCUGUGUUCGAGAGACCCACAUAUCGAACCCAAAUCACCGAGGAAGACGACCGCAAUCUUCCCAAGCGGGUGCUACAGUACGAGUUGACGCUGGUUGCCUCAGACGGACGCAACGAGAACUCUACGCGCGUCGUGGUUCACGUUCUCGACAUCAACGAUCUCCCGCCUCGGUUCACCCGAAGCGCGUAUAUCACGCAGGCGCUCGAGGAAACCGGCCCCUACCCUCAUUUCCUUAUACAGGUUACUGCAACCGAUGGAGAUAAAGAUAGACAGCAGAACAUUGUGUAUUUCUUGACCGGCCAAGGUAUUGACCCUGAUAAUCCUUCAAACAGCAAAUUUGAUAUUAAUCGAACUACGGGAGAAAUAUUUGUUCUGAAACCCUUAGACCGUGAUCAACCCAAUGGAAGGCCACAAUGGAGAUUUACAGUGUUUGCUCAAGACGAGGGAGGGGAAGGGCUGGUCGGUUACGCUGAUGUUCAAGUGAACCUUAAGGAUAUCAACGACAACUCUCCAAUUUUCCCACAAGGAGUUUAUUUUGGCAAUGUAACUGAAAAUGGAACUGCAGGCAUGGUUGUUAUGACUAUGACAGCUAUUGACUAUGAUGAUCCUGCUGAAAGUAAUAAUGCCAAACUGUGGUAUUCUAUUGAAAAAAAUGUUAUAGAGGAGGAAACAGGGUCACCAAUUUUUGAAAUAGAACCGGAAACUGGAGUAAUUAAAACUGCUGUUUGUUGCUUGGACCGUGAGAGAACACCAGAUUAUUCAAUACAAAUAGUAGCCUCAGAUGGCGGAGGACUAAAAGGGACAGGAACGGCUUCCAUAAGAGUAAAAGAUAUCAAUGAUAUGCCGCCCCAGUUUACAAAAGAUGAAUGGUUUACGGAAGUUGAUGAAACAGAUGGCAAUAAUUUACCUGAAAUGCCCAUUCUCACUGUAACAGUUCACGAUGAAGAUGAAACUAAUAAAUUCCAGUACAAAGUUAUAGAGAAUAGUGGAUAUGGUGCCGACAAGUUUACUAUGGUUAGAAAUAAUGAUGGCACUGGCUCUUUAAAAAUUGUACAACCUUUAGACUACGAGGACCAACUGCAGAGUAAUGGGUUUAGGUUUAGAAUACAAGUUAACGAUAAAGGUGAAGACAACGAUAAUGACAAAUAUCACGUAGCUUAUUCCUGGGUAGUAGUUAAACUCAGGGAUAUAAAUGACAAUAAACCACAGUUUGAAAGAGCAAAUAUCGAAGUAUCAGUCUAUGAAAAUGCUGAAGUUGGUAAAAGUCUUGAAACCUUUAAAGCUACUGACCCAGAUCAAGGUGGUAAAAGUAAAGUUUCGUAUGCUAUUGAUAGAUCAUCAGACAGAAAACGACAAUUUUCUAUAAACCAAGAGGGGACAGUCAGCAUUCAAAGAUCAUUAGAUAGAGAAGAUACUCCAAGACAUCAAGUGAAAAUUCUGGCUAUUGAUGAUGGCGUUCCACCUAGGACAGCAACAGCUACGUUAACUGUUAUAGUACAGGACAUUAAUGAUAAUGCCCCUACAUUCUUAAAAGACUAUAGGCCAGUUUUAACUGAACACAUAACACCCAAAAAGGUUGCUGAAAUAUUGGCGACAGAUGAUGACGAUAGAUCAAAAAGUAAUGGUCCUCCAUUCCAGUUUAGGCUUGAUCCAGGUGCGGAUGAUAUAAUAAGAGCUUCAUUUAAAGUUGAGCAAGAUCAAAAAGGUGCUAAUGGUGAUGGAAUGGCAAUCGUCUCGUCUCUUCGUUCAUUUGACAGAGAACAACAAAAAGAGUAUCUUAUUCCUAUUAUUAUCAAAGAUCAUGGUAAUCCUGCUAUGACUGGCACAAGCACAUUAACUGUUGUAAUCGGUGAUGUCAAUGACAAUAAGAUGCAGCCAGGAUCAAAGGAAAUUCUUAUAUAUAAUUAUCAAGGACAAGCUCCGGAUACUGAAAUUGGUCGAGUUUAUGUUUACGACCUAGACGAUUGGGAUUUACCUGACAAGAAGUUUUUCUGGGAAACAACAGAACAUCCAAAUUUCACUCUUAAUGAGGAAACAGGGAUGAUACAAAUGAAACACAAAACAAGAGAAGGCCGAUACCAUCUAAAGUUUAAAGUUUACGAUAGAAAGCAUACGCAAACGGAUGUACCGGCUAAUGUGACGGUAUAUGUUAAAGAAAUAUCACAUGAAGCUAUUAUAAAUUCUGGGUCAAUACGUAUAUCUGGAAUAUCGGAUGAAGACUUUAUUCGAGUUUGGAAUUAUAAAACUCUUAGUGUAUCCAGAAGUAAGCUUGAUAUAUUUAAAGAUAAAUUGGCCGAUUUACUAAACACCGAAAGAGAAAAUAUCGAUAUAUUUAGUGUUCAACUAAGGAAGAAACACCCACCCAUAGCCGAUAUACGUUUUUCAGCACAUGGUGCCCACUAUUAUAAACCAAUCCGGUUAAACGGUAUAGUUCUUAUGCAUCGUGAAGAAAUUGAGCGGGCUGUUGGAAUAAAUAUAACGAUGGUAGGCAUUGACGAAUGUCUUCAUGAAAAUCAAAUGUGUGAAGGAUCUUGCACAAAUGUAUUGGAUAUUAGUAACUUACCUUACAUGGUGAAUUCCAACAAAACGGCUCUUGUAGGAGUUAGAGUCGAUGUUAUUGCAGAGUGUACGUGCGGUGCUAGAAACUUCACUCAGGCCGAAACUUGUCGCAACUCUCCUUGUUAUAAUGGAGGAAGGUGCAUAGAAGGUAAAUAUGGUCUUACUUGCUCAUGCCCUCCGGGAUACACAGGCCCACGGUGUCAGCAAACAUCCAGAAGCUUCAAAGGUACUGGUUGGGCUUGGUAUCCUUCACUUGAGAUGUGUGAUAGCUCCCAUUUAAGUUUUGAGUUUAUCACUAGGAAAUCUGAAGGAGUUUUACUUUAUAAUGGACCGAUAGUACCGCCUGAACCAGAAGAAAUAGUUGUCUCCGAUUUUAUUUCGGUUGAAUUAGAGAGGGGCAACCCACGAUUACUAAUAGAUUUUGGCUCGGGAACGCUAGAGCUCAGGGUGAAAACUAAAAAAUCGUUAGAUGAUGGCGAAUGGCAUAGAUUAGAUAUAUUUUGGGACACCGAAAAUGUUAGAAUGAUAGUUGAUUUCUGUAAAUCAGCGGAUAUUCAAGAAAUGGAAGAUGGGACACCACCAGAGUUUGAUGACUCAACGUGUCAAGCUACGGGUACAAUACCUCCAUUUAACGAAUAUUUGAAUGUCAAUGCACCUUUGCAAAUUGGAGGAUUAUACAUAGAACAUUUUGAUCCUACACAUUAUCAUUGGCAGUACAUGCCUAUCGGGAAAGGUUUUGAUGGAUGUAUUAGAAAUCUUAUUCAUAACAGUAAAUUAUACGACUUAGCUCAUCCAGGACUCUCGCGAAAUUCGGUAGCUGGCUGUACCCCAACCGAGGAAAUUUGUAAUCAAGCAGAUACCACAUCUAGAUGCUGGGAACAUGGAACUUGUGUUGGCAGUUUUUCUGAAGCAAGAUGUCAAUGUCAACCAGGUUGGACUGGGCCUUCGUGUAAUCUACCCACUACUCCAACUAGUUUUCGACCACAAAGCUACGUGAAAUUUGCAUUAAGUUUUGAGCCCGAUAGAUUUAGUACUCAAAUCCAACUGCGGUUCAGAACUCGAGAACCUCAUGGGGAAUUAUUUAGAGUAAGCGAUCAGCACAAUCGUGAAUACGGAAUAUUGGAGGUAAAAGAUUCCCGCUUACACUUCCGCUUUAAUUUGAACUCCCUGCGUACAGAAGAACGUGAUGUUUGGCUCAAUUCAGUCGCAGUUGACGAUGGUCAGUGGCACAUAGCGCGUGUGAGUCGAUAUGGUAGCGCAGCCACACUGGAAAUUGAUGGUGGUGAGGGAAGAAGAUAUAAUGAAACAUUUACCUUUGAUGGUCAUCAAUGGUUAUUAGUUGAUAAACAAGAAGGCGUAUAUGCUGGAGGAAAAGCUGAAUACACGGGCGUUAGAACAUUUGAAGUAUAUGCUGACUUUCAGAAAGGUUGUUUAGAUGACAUUCGAUUAGAAGGAAAACAUCUGCCUUUGCCACCAGCUAUGAAUGGUACGCAAUGGGGUCAAGCAACCAUGGCGAGAAAUUUAGAUCGAAACUGCCCAUCCAACAGUCCGUGUAUCAAUGUUCACUGUACCGAGCCUUUCGUAUGUGUUGACCUCUGGAAUGAAUAUGAAUGCACUUGCGGUGAGGGUUUGGUAUUGUCACCGGACGGCAAGGGUUGCGUAGACAAGAACGAGUGUCUCUACUUCCCCUGUCGCAACGGCGGCUCGUGUGUCAACCGGGAGCCGGGUUAUCGCUGCCAUUGCCCUGAAAAUUUCUGGGGCGAGAACUGCGAGCUCAUUCAGGAAGGGCGCACCCUCAAGCUCAGCAUGGGCGCGCUCGCGGCCAUCCUCGUCUGCCUCCUUAUUAUCAUGAUUCUUGUGUUGGUAUUUGUGGUGUAUAACCGACGUCGAGAAGCCCAUAUCAAAUAUCCUGGUCCUGAUGACGAUGUCCGUGAAAAUAUAAUAAACUACGACGACGAAGGCGGCGGUGAAGACGACAUGACGGCCUUUGACAUAACACCACUUCAAAUUCCGAUUGGUGGACCUCUUCCUGAUCAUAUUCCAUCAAAACUACCAUAUCCGUUGAUGGGUGUCGGGCUCGGUGUGGGCCCAAUGGGUGUGGGUGUAGCUCCUUCCGUUGGAGUGCCCCUCCCAGGAGAGACGAACGUGGGAAUGUUCAUAGAAGAACACAAGCGUAGAGCAGACAGCGAUCCUAAUGCACCUCCGUUUGAUGACCUUCGGAAUUACGCAUAUGAGGGUGGCGGUAGCACUGCGGGCUCUUUGUCGUCACUUGCCUCAGGAACCGACGACGAAGUGCACGACUAUGACUAUUUGGGCGCCUGGGGCCCGCGGUUCGACAAGCUCGCCGACCUGUACGGGCCCGAUCUCGACGAACAGCUGUAGACCAGCCCGCAGCCCACGGCGCUAAUUAGUCAAUUGUCUACCACAUAACCCACCCUGUCACUAAACCUGUACCCUAACAAAACAAUUUGCACACUCGCAAUAGUGGAGUCCUUUUUGAGUAUCAAAACCGUAUAACGUCAAAAUAAAAUGGAAAUUAUUGGAUGUAAGAGUUGCAACUUCUGUACUGACUUUCCAAGUGUUUACAAUUUGAGCUUAAGAACAAGUUAACUAAAACAUAAUUUCUGUUGAUGUUAUAUCGCUUUUAUAGUCGAGAAAGACUCUGAAUUGCGUUCGUACAAACCUUGUAAGAGUACUCUAAAAGGAGAAACGCACCCCAUGAAUUUGUCGACACAACUAAGCCGAUACCGAUACGGAAUCGCACUCGGAAGCAACUACGCCGUGACUCGCAUUUCUUAUAAAUUUUUCUACAAGUUUAUUUUAUACAAUAGAAAAUGUUAGCUUAAGUGUCUUGUUUAAGGCGUAAGUAUAUAUACGUUUAAUUGCGUAACUUUUUUAUAAGGUUUGAACCGAUAUCUUCACCAAAUAUUUGAUAUAAGUUUUAUUCGAGUUAGCCAUAUUAUGAGUCAGUAUUUUAUUGGAAGUUAUCGAGAUAAGUGGAUUUCUGCCGGAGGGCCCGACGUGAGUCUGAAUCGUGGGUGUUUGUAGAUAGUGUGCUAUAAAUGUGAAUAAUUUAUACGAAUAUUUUGUAAGUCCACAGCUUUACGUGAUAUCACUUAAUGUACGGCCCUUCCGCAUUAAAUCGGUGUAACUACUAUUAAAAAUAUGUUAUAUUUUAUAUUUAAUUAUAAUGAUAGAACGGUCCCUUUGGACGUCGAGUUUAUAAUGCUCAUUCGAUAUGUGUAAUAUUCACUGGGGAUGUACAUACAAUAAAUUACCUACCCCUACAAUCUUAAUUAUUGUAAAACAAUUCACGCUCUACUCGAAAUUUCAUUGUUAAGUGAACUGUACAGUAACUGGUGUUCCUCUCCAAUUCUCCAUGUAGUGUUAGUUGGUAAAAAUAGAUUAUCCGUGAAGGUCUACGGUCUACUCGUAACAGUAGCUAAUUUAUAUAGUGAUCCAUGGUGACGAGUUUAAUUCGGUGUGCGUGGCGGAGUGAGUGAGCAUGCGAGGGAGCGCGAAGCGGCACGGCACGGCGCGGCGUGCCAUUGGUGCGUGCCGUCGGUGCGUGCUAACGCGCCACCAGUAUGAAUGGGAAUGUGCCAAUCUAUUAGCGUUAUUAAUGCAUCUGAUGACCGUAGAGUUAAGUGUUUGCACUUUAUUUAUUCAAUAUUUACAUAUAAUCUUAGUCGCACCUAGAGAAAUAUCAAUAACUUACUAAGAGUGUUGUGCUAGAUUUAUUCUGUCGAUUUUGACGUGAGAUAGUUGUUAAAACCGUUAGAAGUCAUUAAUUUAAUGCUAAUUUUUAAGAUUUUAUAGUGAAAUAAUUAAUUAUAUUGCAGGUUCGAAAAAACUGUCUCACUUCGACAUCGAACUAGGAUCAGUGUAAAUUUUAGAAUAUACUGAAUUAUGUUAAAAUGACUGAUUUUAUUAUGCGUUUGAGCCUAAGAUUUUGUAGAUUGGGUUGUUUAAUUAUAGACUUCGAAUACCUACUAUAAGAACACUACUAGUUUGCACUCGAAAAAAAUCUAAUCAAAUUUCAAUAAUAAAGCAAUUCUCGUUAAUUACUAUUCAUGUAAGUAGAAGUUUAAUAGUUGUUCGAAAUCGAUAUUCUAGGUUUCUAUUAUAAUUUUAUAAUAUCAUUACACUGCCAGUAAUCAUAUAGACGAAAUAUGGUAUAGAGAGUUUUGGUCCAUUUUUUUUUACAUUUGAGUGUUUACAAUAAGGUGUUUUAUUAAGUUUUUUUAAACUAUUUAUUAUGAAACUAUAAUUCCUCCUCUCGCGACAGAAUUGUGCAUUUAAAUGCCCAGACUAGCUCUAUUUUGUUUUCUAAAAGCUCUGCGUAGUCUGAAACCUUUUUUUUUUUAUGUCAGCCGUUGUUUGUAAGCGUCUUACCAAAUAUUUAUUUAUAGGUUGUCGUUUUGGUACUGUGUCGUCACUGUUUACCCAGAUUAAGGCACAUAAUCAGCUACAUUAUACUGUAUUAUUAUGACAUUUAACAAUUUGAAGUUGCUACUGAGUCCCGACCUGUCAUAAAAUUGCCAGCAGGAUUUUAAUCAUGUAUGAUAUUGAACUUGAACUUCUCGCGAAAUUAGAUUUACGACGUCAAAUUUGAUAGCUUUGCAUACAGUAACUGUCAAAAUCUACGUCACCAUUUGCAGUUUAAAGUAUGUCCUAUUAUCUCAUUCAAAACUGCAAGCUAAUUCUGUACACUUUAUGAAUGUUACUGUUCAAGUUGCUAGGUCUCUUACUACAUUGUUUUGACAGACAAUCUCUGCGGUCAAUAUAACAGUGUUUAAAUUGAAUGACCACAGCUGAGUAGCAUCUAGAAUAAUAGAUACCAAAAAGGUAUAGCGAAAACUGUCAAAUAUCAUACAGUGUAAAAUUGCUGUAUUGUACAUUAUACUUCAACUUAAAAACUUCUAAGCCCCUAUUGUAAGUUUUCGAGUAAACUAACGUGACGCAUAUUGCUAAUUUAUAGCUACGAGGCAUUGGCAAAGUAAAUUGUGCUGUGUAUUCAUAACUGAAAGCUACUCACUAUAAGGAAAAAGAGAAAUUGGUAAAACAUGGUAUUAUCUUCAAAAUUAACGAAUUAACAACAAAGUACUAAAUUGAGUAAUAAACGUAAAUGCUGUCAUACUUUUAAACGGAAAACUUACAGUAGGGAUUCUGUAUUUCUAAUAGACAAUUGUAAAGUUAGUCAAUUCUACUCGAUAGAGCAUACGAUGUGCGUUACGCUAUUUUGUUGAUAGAAUGUAAUUAGAAAUUCUUGCAACGAUUAUAGAAAAUGUUCAAGCUUUAACCGCGUCCAUGAGAUGUGGCUUAAAUAUGCUAUCCGCAUUAUAUUAUAAUGGUUGUCUGUGUACUAUAAAGCCUCUGGGCCUUCUAUCAACUAUUGAUGCGAACCUGCUUAACAUCCGGUUUAUAUUCAAAUUAUCUGUUAUCUGCAAGUUAAUUAGCAACGUUGUUGAUUGUGAAAUCACUAUAUUGUUAUAAAUCUGUCGCUGAAAAAAUGCAUUCCUGGUGUCAGUUGGUUAACUAAAACAGUAACAAACAGUUGAUAUAGCCUUGCAACCCUACUGUACGAAUUUCAUAAAUAGUUUUCUCAUUUAUUUGGAAUAAAAUAUAGGUAUACAAUAGAAGAUCAUUUCCACUUCAAAGUUGCAUUCCAUCAUCCAUUUAGUCACGAUCUGUCAGGAAAGCUUUUUUUCAACGGCCGAACUAUAUCUUACAAGGUUUAAUUGUACAUCUAUAAUUACAGCCCAACUCGAUACCUCUGUAUAAAAACCUCAAACAUCUUAAAAUUAUUAUAAUUAAACUAUCGCACAUCGAACUUAAAAAUUCUGUUUUCUUUAACUUGAACAUUUCUGUUAAUCUUUUCCUAGGCUUCUUAUAACAGAUUCUUUAAAUACCAUCUCUUUCGUACCAAUAAUGUUUUUUUUUAUUACUGGCUAAGUAGCCGUAGACAUCUGGGUUCCUGUCCUCUUGAACUAUUUACCGAACAUCUCAUGCAUAAUACAUGCAUAAUUUUUGCCAUUCUCACCCAAGAUCCGGUUUUCUUGUUAAUAAAAACAACGUUGUUUAGACAUAAAAAUGCGAUUUCAGAUAACUCGAAUACGAAAAACGGUUGUUUAGAUACUGCGGCUGUAGAAAAUAUUCGCAACAAAAUAGUUGAUAGUGAGCAUAAUUACGCAUUAGGACAGCAGAGCACAGAACCCCAGUACAAAAUCCACGUGGUAGGUACGAAUCUGCACCGGAAAUGCUGGCCGGCACACGUAAUUUUAUUUAAGACAUUAAUUAUUAUACCUACAUAGUUAUGUUUUGUUUCAACUGUGAUUAUUUAGUUGUACAACUCUGACGAUUACAUAAAAGAACGAAUAAAAUAU